GGAAUAUAUGUUUUAUACAUGGAACUUGGCCUGGCAUUGCCUGCCUUCAUUCUCUCCAUUGUACGUUGCCUCUGUCACUCGUCACCAUGAAGGUUCCUUCGCUUCACUGGUCAGCAUGGCUGCUGGCCACAUCCGUGCUUGCGGGAGCGCCAUUCCAGGGCAAACUCAACGGCUUUCCCGUGAAUCCCUACGACCCAUUCUGUGCCAUGUCCUGCUUGCGGUCUUUGUCCAGCUUGAUGCUCUCCUGCUCCAGCAUGGGCGAUACGGUUGGAAUGAUGACCAUGUCGACAAGCUCAGCGUGUUGGGCAGAGAGUACGCCUUAUCUGACCAGCCUUGCCUGGUGCAUGCAUACCAAAUGUUCCGAAUACAACAUUACGAAUUCGAAACUCGAGUAUUUUUGGGAAACUCAAACCACUGGCCAAUCCAACGCCGGGGAGAUAGGUGUUCCACCGAAGUGGUCCUACUCCGAGGCGCUCGCAAGCGUCUCUAGUCUGCCAACAGUUCAACUCACUCCAAGCGACAAAUGGCUCAACACCACGUCCCUAGUCUCGCCGCUUGUCUAUCAAGAGCAAUGGAAUGUCUUGACAAGUGUGCAGCGCGAAACGGCACAUGAGAAUGCUUACGGUAUCGCAAUGCUCGUCACUGGUUUCGGAACACCUAUAGUACUUACGUGGAUCGGAUACCUGCCGUUCCUCGCCACCCUCUUCAGGAAGCUCAAGCCUCGUCUCGUCUGGCCGAGCCUCGUCGGCACGUACCAAGUCCGCCCGCUUCCUUUCCUGCUUGGCAAUGCGCCUACUGUGGGCCAAACAUUCUACAUCGUAAUGUUUCUCAUUCUCAACAUUGUCCUGACUGCGGUCAAUUUCCAGUCUCGGCAGCCCAAUGCGUGGUACUCGAGCACAUGGACCGAGAUCAUGGCCUACGUCCUCUACCGGACGGGGGCCUUUGCCUACAUCAUCGCCCCUCUCAUUUGGCUCUUCGCCGGAAGGAACAACAUUCUACUCUGGACAACGAACUGGUCGCAUUCAACAUUCCUCGUGCUGCAUCGCUGGGUCGCCCGUAUUUUUACGUUACAGGUGCUCCUUCACUCCGUUCUUGCCGUGAUCCUGUAUAAGGCUGAAGGGACGUAUGCCGAGGAAGUUAAAGCGCCAUACUGGAUCUGGGGCAUCGUCGCUACUCUCUGCUGCGUCGUUCUUACGUUUGGUAGCGGUCUCCACGUGCGUAAGUACGCAUACGAGUUCUUCUUGCUCGAGCAUAUUGUAUUUUCCCUCAUUCUCAUUGUCGGCUGCUGGUACCACGCCUAUGAUUUAUACAAGUACCUUGGCGGAUACGAGGACUGGAUGAUCGCCGUCUCGGCACUCUGGAUGUUUGACCGCCUGGGGCGUGUUUUGCGCAUAGCCAUCGCCGGCCCGCGUCGAGCCAGAGUCACGGUACUCAGCGAAGACUACGUCCGCGUCGACGUCCCCGGCAUCCGCUGGGGCUCCGAGCCCGGCAAGCACGUCUAUCUCUACUUCCCUACGCUCCAUCCACUGCGGCCGUGGGAGAACCAUCCGUUUUCUGUCCUGCAGACAGCUCUGCUGCGGCAGCAGUCCCACUCGCACCUCGGCUCCGACUCCAUCAGCCAGAACUCGGCGAACCGGCCAGACGAUCACCACGACAUAGAGAAGACUACAGCCAAGGCGGUUACGGCUGUGCCGCACCACGCCCGUCCCGACAUGGGUCUGACGCUCUAUAUUCGCAGGUCGGCCGGCGCGACCAAGCACCUGGCCGCACAUGACAGCCUCUUCACGCUCGUCGAGGGCCCGUACCCGAAUAACCCCACUCGCGAGGUCCUCCGCUGCGACCGCCUGCUGCUCGUGUGCGGCGGCAUCGGUAUCACGGGAGUUUUGCCCUUCGUCAACACUCACUGGAACGUCAAGCUAGCCUGGAGUGUUAGGGAGUCGGCCCGCUGCCUGGUCGAGGACUUGGACGGCGCGCUGAGCGCUGUUGCGGACAAAGAGGUUAGGGUUGGGAGCAGACUGGACGUCGGGCAGCUACUGCAGGAGGAGAUGGAGGCUGGCUGGGAGAGAGUCGGUGUUGUUGUCUGCGGGCCUGGUGGGCUUUGCGACGAUGUCAGGGCGGCUGUUGUGGCGGCUGGCAAGCUUGGAAAGACGGAGUUUGAGCUUGAGGUGGAGGCGUACUCGUGGUAA